ACACUCUGUGUGGGACCACAGUUUAUAAACAAGCAGCCAGCCGGGGGGGAAUGACCGGGCACAGACGCGACGAGCGGCACUGGCAAGCGGAUGGCGGGCGGGAGAAAGCGGUUUAAAAAUUGGAUUUAUAUGCGGGUUAUUAUUGCUAAGCGUCCCGUUGUCAUGGAUGGAGAGCACGGGCACAAAGUAACCGGGAGUUUACCGCUGAGGCAUUGGAUGGAUGAUGAGGAGGAGGACAUGUCACUGCCCAUCUCACAGCUCAUGGUAUUGCCCUUCGGGGACAUCAAAUACGAAGACCGAGCAACGCAGAUCACAGCCGGACAGGCCCUGGCCGCCGUCACUGCCGCCGUGGCCACGUCACAGGGCCACAACAACAACGGCAUCAACGCGCUGUCCUGCAGCAUACACCUGCAGCCUCACGUACCUUUCAACGGCAACGCUGGAUUGCCCUUACAUCUUCCUGCUCAGUUUGUGCCCAUGGAGGACCGGGGAGAAAGACAGGUCGCUGAGGAAGAGGACAGGGGGGAGGAGGACGAUAGGAUGGAACAGAGGCCCGAGGUGGAGCCGAUGGGGGUGAGCGUCGAGGUCCAACUUGGUCGUAAACUCCGGGAGAUUGGAGACAAGUUCCACCAGGAUCACGUUGAAGUGUUCAUGAGGCAUCAGAGACAGAAUCUGCCUGCGUGGAUGCGCCUUACAAUCGCCCUCUUUGGAUUUUUGUUUCCAAGAGAGGUUCUCGUGCCGCGCCUGAGAGAAGCGCAGAGAUGAAGGGACUUUCAGCUGGCCUUUCACUUUGGCUCUUGAUCUCUGAAAUGAACCAAGGACUCAAACUUUGAAGAGAUGGCACUGUAAGAUGGAUCGACGGGUUUUGGAUUUUGUUUUCUAACUGAAUAUGAAGAUGAGAUGAAGAAGACACUGGUCACCGCUGGACGGAGACUGAUUACUGAUUUUUGGUUUUUGUUUAUUCUUUAUUUGUUUUGUUUCUCCUCUCCGAAAAGAAGCCAUUUUGUUUGAAGAGAUAUUUUGGAAAUAUUUGUAAGAUGACCUAUUUUGUACAGCAAACUGCUCUUUUUAUCUGGUGUGUCGACUCCUGAAGGACCUCCAUCUGUCCAGGGAAUGCCUUACGCUCUCCUGCCCCAGUGAAAUACCAUUUUUGCAUCAAAGAUAUAGUGCGAGAGAGAAAUAAAUAUUAAAGUUUAGGUCGCUUUCGGGUGACAGACUGUGGACACUUUUUCAAAAAAAAGUUACUGACGCGAAACUUUGAAGAAAGACUCGAGGCACAUUUCUGAGUUAUUCUAAAGAAAAAAAAGAAAGCCCUGUACUCACUGUUCACCUCUCCACAUCAGCCAAGUUAAACUGUUGGUGUGUUCGGAUGCACGUUUAAAUCAACUUGCUGGUGUGUCACUCUUGAGCGACUCCGUCUGCAGAGGUGAUCUACGAUUCAGACACUGUUAAAAACGAACCUACUUGAAUUGCACGUGCCAAAGAGAUUCCAGGCACAUAGUUUAAAGAUCUGACGCAGUAAUAGUUUGGGGGGUGUCGGGUUGUCGGGUGCUCUCCAUCUGCAAAUCAUGAGUCCAAACAAGCACAAACAAACACAGGCGCAGAGGCCUCACUCAGUCUGGGAUUACGAUCAGGGAUCUGAGAACAAUCAACCUGAAAAGCUUUGGAUAAAAUGCCACCCUUUUCCAAACAUUCAGUCAUUCACCUGGCUGGAUUGACAAUCGCCGGUUUUGCCCUUAGCUGCGCUGCGGCUCCGAGCCGGACUGGAUGUAUCGGCAAUCAAAGAGGGGUUUUGUUUCGCUCCAGCUGUAAAUCUCUCCGGCACUGUUUCAAACGCGAGAUGUCUCAAACUGCCAGCUUUACUUCUGUACAGUUUAAAAAUCUCUUACAAACGUGGGGAACACAUGUAUACAACCUUUGUGCAGCAGCUCACACCAACAUAGCCUCUAUUUAUCAAUGUAAAUUCUGGAAUAACAUGUUAAAGAUUGCUCUUUUUGCUCUAAAUAUUGGUUAUAUAAACAUUUGAAGACACUGAUUGUUUUCUUUCUACUUCCUUUUCUUCAGGGAGUAGUUAACAGCCAUGCUAGCAUAUAAAUCUGACUCAUUCAGCUGGAUUUGGUAGGAAAAAGAUGAACAUGAAGUGUGUUACAUGCUGUCAAGCUUUUUUUUUUUUUUUGAUUGCUAUGAGAGUAGCUGAGUUUGUUUCCUGCAAACACUGAACGCUGAGCCAAUUAAGAUGGUUUUGAUACACACUGUCAUCUGCAGUCCAAAGCGCCAUAGAAACACUCACUUAACUACUCCCUGUUCCUCUGGAAGAUAGGUUUCAUUUAUAUUUCAUUUGAAGUAAUUUAUUCUAAUUUAUUUUGUGCGUAACUGCUCAGUGCUACUGUAUAGACGCUGUCUCAGCUUGUACAGUCCUCUUUCUCCUCGUCGUCAGGGUGCAUUCAGUUUUUAAAGGCUGGGUGAGUAGGUUGGACUAAAGCCAUGUGCCUCGUGCUCUCUCGCUCUCUUUCUCUCUCACUCUUUCUCACACGCAAAAUGCCGUGAGUCGUAACAAAUCGUGCAAAACGACAAGACAAUCAAAACUAGCAAAAAUCGAGUGCCUUGUGAGUAAAAAGACCUGCCCCGACAUCAUCCUCAUCAACACUUGGCAUAGUUUACCUUAGAGUUCACCGGCCCCAGCGCUCCGUUUGACAAAUCUCACAUCAGCUCGCGAGGCACAGGCUCAACCUUUGACACCUCUCAGCACGGCGACCUUUUUCCACCACACUGAGUCCUCUCAAAACCAGAAGCGACUGAUUUUGCAACAUGCACUGUAAAAAGAUUUCUUUUUUUUUAUCUGUAUACUGUAUUUGCGCCUCUCUCUUUCUACUUCUGUGCUGAACUUUCCAGCUGGAUUGCUGAAACCUUUUUGUAGAGAUCUCUGAUAAACUGGAUCGGCCCGGCUCAUCCAGGUUUUUCGUGCUUUAUGAACCACAAUCCAGUGAGGCUUUGAAGGGUAAAAUGAGCCACCGCGGUGCCCAGUAUUGUUUCUGUUUGGGAUGGGUUGAACAGCUACUCCAUCUGAGCCUGCCGUUACUUUCCACUGUUUCCACCUCGGCUCAAGUGAGACGUUUCUGUUCAGUCCUUCAGUGUCUUUAAUACCAAUAUCAAUUUGUUUUGGGAAAACAGAAAUACUGUCAAGUGUUGUGAUCUGUGUUUUUUUUUUAUACAUUUGACAUGAAUUCGACACACUGAUUGCUAUCUUUGUACAACAAAUUUUACAUACUGUUUUUUGUAAGAAGAAAGAACUAGAACAUGUUUUUUGGUUUUCUAAGAUUACAAUCUUCAACAUAUGACAUCAUUGAGUUUGGAUAUUGCCAAGUCUGCUGUGUCACUCAGUUAAAGGGCUUUUUAAUAUAUGUAAAUGAGGUAAAAAUGCAUGUCCAACAUUCCUGGAAAUGAAAUCCAUAUCCUAAUAGGUUUGAAUGUAACUUAAUCGAAUGAGAAUCAUAAUAUCUCUUUUACUACGCGAACUGAACAGUGGAAUUUCUCUCGAGACUACUGCGCUCAGCGCACACAGAGCCGUAUCGUCUUCACCUUCUGCUUUCUUUGCGUUCAGAGUGGUCUCAAGGAUUUCACACUCGUGUGUCCUAAUGAAGUGAGACCCAGUCCAGAUGUAGCAGUUUUUUUUUUUUUAAAUGAAAGCAUUGGCUGUGUUAUCUUUGGGACUGCUCUGCGUAUCCUUUGCAGAUUUUGAACCACGCAGGACACUGGAGCGACGGAGGGAUUUAGAGGAGGAGGAUGGGGGGGAUGUGUGUUCUUUUUCUAGUGCAAUAUGCUGUACAUAAGAGCUUGGCUCACCAAAUCUUACUGUUUCUGUUCAUUUUGUUUGGUUGUUAAAUGGGUACAUUGCUGUUUUGAUUUCGAUUAAAACUUUAUGAACUAUCAA